AUGUGGUGCCAACAGACUACACUACGAUUAGCGCCCAAGUUGGCCCCCGCGCCUCUGCGCCAGUUGGUGGGCGCCUCUACACUCAACACCAGCAGCAGCGGCUCCGGCAUUCUUAACGGCGUGCGGCGCGUAGGGGCAUCAGACGCCCACUGCCGAUUGGGAUCCCGCGGCACAUCGCCGGAGUCCAGCACGCACUUAACAGCCCGUCCAUUUGAUAUAUUUGAGGGAAACAACAAACAGGCGUGGCUCGAUCUCAAGACGGGAUGGUGUCAUUUAUGCCAAGAGCCGUUAGGUGCCACUAUGGGUGUACACAUUGGUGAUCGUGAUCACACCAAUUUACAGUACUUUCUCUUUCUUUACGCCGCCCAGGCACGACGGUGGUCGUGUGAUGAAGUUCUCCGUCGCUGUAUGGCCACAGCGCCUAGUGUGCAGCGCUACGCCACUCGACUCACAACGUGGGAUCAUCUGCACGUCAUGGAUGAUGCGAUGCGGCGUGCAGAGCUUGAGGCGCUUAUUUUCUACUUAACACACCCACCACAUCAGGCACUUUCACAUGUUGCGCAGGGCCGCAGUCCAUCUGGUUUUUGGUAUAGUGGUGAAAGAAUGUGGAAACUGCGAAUAUCUCGUCUAGUCACUCAGAUAUUUCCCCCUACUUCUGCUGGGAUCAUGACAAACUUCACACAGAAGUGUUGGGGACGUAGUAAUGGAGAGCGAAUGUAUGAUGCCCUCCGAUUGCAGCGUAUUAAGGCUUAUUAUGGUUGGCAACCGUAUGAGAGUAAAGAGAAGAAGGCGUUUUUUGUGCGACAACUUUUAUGGGAAUUGCUUUCUGUAGAAACACGUGAUGAAGUAAGUGAGUUGACAAAACACAUGGCUGAUUUGGCACUGCAGCGCAUGGCGUUUGAAAUGGUAUUCCUCCAGUCUAUGGAAUAUAUGCAUAAAGUUCAACGUGUGUAUGAUUUGAUGGGUCGACCCACUGUGGAGGAACUCGCAGGAAUGAACUUGUUGUAG